AUGGGAAAAUAGCUUUACAUUUGAAAUUAUGGCAGGAGAAAAAUGGAUGCAAGUUCUUCUCAUGGUUUGAUGAAGAGAACGGGACAUUAUGGCAAAAAAGAGCUUUGAUUGAAGCCCGAGAUGAGAUCCGAGAGAAGAGUAGAGUGAUUGCGCAGUUAAACGAAACAAUUGCAGAACUGAGAAGCAAUUUGGAGAAGAUACAAAAUGAAGAGGAAAUUGUUAGAAAGUUUGAAGAAUUCUAUGUUUAAGCGAUCUUACCAUGUAUUAUCUAAGUUUAAGUGUUUGUUUUACAACCUCUGUUUAAGCGUUUUGGCAGUUAUGUUUAAGUGUUUUGGAACCUAUGUUAAAGAGAUAUAUUGGAAAACCGCGGAAAACUAGUAUAACAAGGUGUAACUAUGAUAGAAAUCGGCAUAAUCCGAAAAAUCCCAACUACAUAAGUCUUAAUACAGAAACACGGUCACCAAAAAUUAUAUAGCAGAUACUGCUUCUCAAAAUACAGUAGUGAAGAUAACAAAUAUUUACAAACCUCAUAAUACAACAACUCAUUGUUUUAUGAAAAAUAUAUCAUCAUAUAUAGUCUUUCCAAGAGUACUUUGUUAAUAAGAUCAGCUUAUAAAGAAGUAUUCUAUAGUUUUCAUGAUUUAAAAUAUAUUAUUGCACUAAUUAUUUAUGCUUACAUGGUAAUGCAGAAAAAUGACAAGUAAAACUUUCUUUAGAAAUUAAAAUUAUACGUAAAACUUAAAAAUGUUGAAAUCACGAAAAGUAGAACUAUGAAGAAAAUUGGUAAAACCAGAAACUUCAGUAUAACUAAGAGCAAAUAUUUCGGAGGGAGAAUAAAAAAAAAUUUCGCGCCUAAACGAAAAAAGCCAAAAUUUUCAAUUAUUUGUGUGAAAAAGUAGAUUCCCUCUGCUCUUUUAUCUGAGUCUCGUCUUUUCCUAUCUUUUCCUAGACACUUUUUCACUUCCCCACCACUCUCUCUUUCUAAUCUCUCUCACCAUUCAUACACUCUCUCUUUAUCCAUUCUCUUUCUAUAUUCUCUGAAGAUCCACGGUUUUACUCUUUCCCUUUUACUAAACAUGACUCACCCGUAUGAAGAGAUGACGGAGAUGAAGAAGCUGAAGAAACACUACGACAUGUUAGGGUUCGUUGCCGAUGUCCAAUAUGGAAUUCCUACCUGUUGCCCAUGCGGUGGUGAAAUAAUGACAAAUGUUUCUCCAGCUCCGAAGUACAAAUCAGAUUUUGAUACCUUGCCUGGGAGUAGGUACUUCACCUGUAAGAUUUAUGAGGACGAUGGGUUGCACUUUCGUCAGCCAUGGGCUUUUGGUGUUCAGCAAGAAGUGGAUCGCCUAAGGGGGGAGGUGAAAGAGUUGGCAGAAGAGAUUGCUAAGCUUAAGAGGCUCAUUACCUCGACCUCCCGUCCAUGAGAUUCUCGACCUCGCAAGUUCUGAGUUAAUGUGCUAAAAACUUUGUCUUUCGUACCUAUCUAUUUUUCUUAUUUCGGUUAAUACAAGUCUUUGUUUGUUAAGAGAGGACUCUUGUUAAAACUUGUGUAAGUUUAUGUGUUCAAUCUUAUGUUAUGGAGCCCAAACUUAUGUUAUGCUAAGCACUCUUAUGUUUAUCAAUUAGUACCAAUUGGUACUCUAUGUUUAGACUUUCAUCAUCAACCAUUAUUCUAAUAAACUAAUUUCCUAGACAUUAUCAAUAGGUACUCUCUUAAACUAAUUUCCUAGACUUUAUCAAUUGGUACUCUCCUAGACUCUCACUCGACCUACACAAUAAAAGUAAAAGCAUCCACAACAAAGAUCGCAUAUAUAGUCAUAACAUAGUUAAAAGUUCUAAAUCCACAUCACAAACAAGAAACACAUCAAAAGACAUCGUUUGUCUACUUCAUAAAAAACAUAAAACAAAGUUCUAACACACCAAGCAAGUGAGGCAUCUCUACUUCACUUCUUCCUACGUUUCUGUUUCUUUGCUUUCUCUUGUGCUGGUGCUUCUUCUUCUGCUGCUUUAGCUUGUGCCUCCUUCACAAACUCCUCA